AUGGAUCCAGAACACUCCAAUUCAUCAUGGUCUACCCAACUUCCUUCAUCUUCCCGAUAUCCCCCUGACCUUGACCCUAGUCGAUGGGCAAGCUCAUACCCACGAAGUGAACUUCCCGCUUCUUCUUGCCUUGAAGUCGAAGAGCGACCACCACCUUUACCUCCUAGACCAAUACCAGCAUAUCUCGGUAUGCAAUCGUCCCAGGCGAGUCAACAGUCAGGCAUACCUCUGCAGACCUUCAGUGGCGACACUGUCGGAAGAUAUGUAUCAGGGACAUCUGGCUAUAACAAGGACACCGGAGGGAUGCCACUUCGCACGUUAGAUGACAAGACAACGUACUCUUCUCCGGCCAUGAUGAGCUACCAGCGACCUGGCCACUCAGGCCAGUGCAGUGAAUUGACUCCCAGCAUCAGAGAGACUUCGCACAAUAGUCACAGAGGCACUCACACAUCCAAUGGAAUUUCGGAUAAAGAUGCUCGUGAAUUAAUGGGAUUAACAACCACUGCCGGUAUUCUAGGAGGCAUGACUGGAGGUAUAGCCCUUUCGGGAGAUAAGGGCGCAGGCGGAGGAGACGCGGGAGAUGGUGAAGGAGAUGGAGGAGAAGGUAAUCCUUUACGAAAUCUCAAUCUGGAUCCUGGUUUUAAUCCAGGUCCAAGUCCCGCUAAUCCCGGGGACGGCGACGGAGGUGGAGAUAGUGACGAGUGCAGUAUUUGUUGUGAAGGAGAUUGGUGCGGUGAUGGCGAUGCUUGUUGUUGUUGUUGCUGUUGUGGUGAUUGUAGUGGUUGUGGGGAUUGCAGUGGAUGCUGUGGGGGUGGAGGUUGCUUCUAA